AUGGCAGACCAGGAUGAACUUGAGGCGGAGAGGCACGACCUGUUAGAAGAUGAAGAUGCUGAAGAGAAGAUCCCGAGCAGCGGUGGAGUGACGCCGACCGAUAGGACAACUUCUCAUCCAUUCAAGAAAUGGAUCGAGAGCUUUCGAGGACGGAAACAUGACUCUCCUGUAUUCCAACAGCGACACGUCGAUGGCUGGUCUGAACGUUCAUCUCAAGGCUCACAAGGUUCACAAGACUCACAAGACUCACAAGCGUCACAAAGCCAACAAUCGGGCAUAUCCGACACAUCGCAGCUCGGAAGCCUGAGCACGGCCACGGACAGUAUUAGAAGCCGAAGCAUUCUAAGAACCAGAACAACUAUACGGAGUGGGACAACUCAGAGUAUACCGUCUGAAGUACGUGGCUCUGGCGACAGCUCCCGGCCAAGCUCAAUUCAACGGAUCGAUGAGGCAGCGGAAAUACGCGCCACCAAACGGCGUCAUAUCCUGCAAGAGCUUGUUAACACUGAGACUGACUAUGUGUCUGGUUUGAAGGCUUUAAUCGGAGUCCUCAACAUCUUCAGCACGAGGCGCGAGAUCUAUGAGAAUAUUCAGGAGAUCCUCGGAAUUCAUGAACGCUUUCUGGUUCGGCUCCAGGCGGUCUCUCCUAUGUCAUCGAUUCAGGCUCAACAAGCAGGUGCUUUCGACCUCACACCCUGGGGAAUUACGAAGCGAAUUGGUUCGCUUGAUCUGGGUAGCUUAAGGGGACUCCAACAAAGAUCAAUGAGAACUCGAACACUCAAGGCAUCGAUCAACAAGCGCCUCCAAGCACUCUCAGCCGAGCCAAAAGAGGCGCUAGCAGUUGCACGUGAACUGGAAGAAUUAUCAUUUUCCUUCUCUGCGUAUGAGCAGUUCUGCAACAACUAUGAACUCUUGACGCAGGAUGUUGCUCUCCUGCGCCGAUCGGUUGCCAAUUGGACGAUAUAUGAUCAGGGAAUCGAGGCAUUGUCCAAAUCAGUGGCAUCUACAGCGCGACGCAGACAGGAGGAUCAUAAAUCGAUGACCUUGAACGAUUUGCUUAUUAAGCCAAUCCAACGUCUUUGUAGAUACCCUCUUAUGCUGCAGGAUUUGCUCAGAGCUACCCCCGUCAGUGACUGCCCGUCUGGUCACGAUUCCAUGCAGCAAAUUUUGGAUCAGAUGAGGGUACUAGUAACGCGAAUCAACUCGGCAAAUGGAAAUCCCAUCAACAAAGAUCGCAUUCACAAGACAAUUGCGCUGCAACGCAGAGUGGACAUCCCUCAAUCGCACGCCCUUCAGAGUAUAUACAGAGACCUAGGCCCUAUGGUCCUCUGCGGUGUCCUCCAUGUCACAUAUCAAACUGAGGAAACAACCAACGGCGAAUUCAUGGUCUGUGUGCUUUUUCAUCACUACUUUCUUGUCGCCAAAGGAGUCGAUGACUUGCAUCGCCUGGAAGCAGUGGCAUGUAUCUAUCUAGACAGCCUCAAGAUAGACACGGUUCAAAAUGGACGAGGACUAUUUUGCUACGGAUGCAUAUUCUCAUGGAAGCUCCUGUUCCGGAAUCAAGAAGAAAACUACGAAUUUGUCCUCAGUGCAUCCUCUGCUGCGGAGGAAAAGCAAUGGAAUACUGAAAUUCUCAAAGUUUCCGCCGCCUUGGUCGAAAAGGCCCACAGGUCAUGGGAGCCGGGAAAACAUUCAUUCUUGUCUCUCCGUCUGGCACCUCUGGACCGAAUCCAAUAUACAGUAUCUUCUAUGGCUCGGAGAUCAUCGAUGGAUUCAGUGACAUUUGCACGCAGAUCUCGCGUCCAACAUGUAGUCAUUAGGAAAACGCACUUCCCGCGUCAAGUCGAAGAGCCGAUCGUACAGGCCCAAGGCGAGAUUGAAAGGCUCAAGACGCCCGCCGACCGCUCUGCGUUGGUAUUGACUGCCCGUCGAAUUGACCGAAUUCGGUUGGAGCGAUUGAUCUCAGAUGUCUAUACAGGAGAUCUGCUUCCCAUGCCAGGAAUGGUUCUCGGACGGGGUGACCUCUUCCGACGCCCUUCAAUCAUGAGGCGACUGAGUCUUCGCCCGGGCUUCACCAAACGAUCGAGCUCUGUCAGUACAUUUCACUCAAGAUCAGAAUCAGGCGAUGUUCUCCCCAGCGAAGAUAAGGAUGGGGAAGGCAAGUAUACGGCAGGCAGCAGUGAGGCAGGCGACGACAAGACAGUGGAGUUUGAGCUGCCUCGAACACCAACCACACCCCGGCGUUCGAAAACGUUUCUUUUCAAAGGUUCACCUAAGAAGCCUACGUCGACAGUUUCCUCGCCUCGCAGUGAGACUCGAUAUAGCCAGGACGGGACUUCCGAGUCAACUCCAUCUCCCAAGAGGUGGUCGUCUCCUAUGAGUCUGUUUAGUACCUUGUCGCCUAAGAAGAUAAAGAAGAACCGCUCCCAGGCUGAGUGA